AUGGUGAAGGUCUCAGUGAACGAAUUUGGCCGUAUUGGGCGCCUGGUCACCAGGGCUGCUAUUAACUCUAACAAAGUGGAUAUUGUCGCCAUCGAUGACCCCUUCAUUGACUUCAACUACAUGGGGUACAUGUUCCAGUUUGACUCUACUCAUGGCAAGUUCAAAGGCACAGUCAAGGCUGAGAACAGGAAGCUUGUCAUCAACGGAAAGUCCAUCUCCAUCUUCCAGGAGAGAGAGCCCACCAGCAUCAAAUGGGGUGAUGCCGGAGCUGAGUAUGUUGUGGAGCCCACUGGUGUCUUCACUACCAUGGAGAAGGCUGGGGCUCACUUGAAGGAUGGAGCCAAGAGGGUCAUCAUCUCUGCCCCAUCUGCGGAUGCCCCCAUGUUUGUGAUGGGUGUGAACCAUGACAACUAUGACAACUCCCUCAAGAUUGUAAGCAAUGCCUCCUGCACCAUCAACUGCUUGGCCCCUCUGGCCAAGGUCAUCCAUGACAAUUUUGGCAUCUUGGAAGAACUCAUGACCACAGUCCAUGCCAUCACUGCCACCCAGAAGACCAUGGAUGGCCCCUCUGGGAAGUUGUGGCGUGAUGGCCAAGGGGCUGCCCAGAACAUUAUUCCUGCUUCUACUGGAGCUGCCAAGGCUGUGGGAAAGGUCAUCCCUGAGCUGAAUGGGAAGCUCACUGGCAUGGCCUUCCGUGCCCCCAACCCCAAUGUGUCAGUUGUGGAUCUGACCUUCUGCCUGGAGAAAGCUGCCAAAUACGAUGACAUCAAGAAGGUAGUGGAGCAGGCAUCAGAGGACUCCUUCAAGGGCAUCCUGGGCUACACGGAGGACCAGGUUAUCUCCUGCAACUUUAACAGUGACACUCACUCUUCCACCUUUGAUGCUGGGGCUGGCAUUGCCCUCAAUGACCACUUUGUCAAGCUUGUUUCCUGGUAUAAUGAAUUUGGCUAUAGCAACAGGGAGGGGGACCUCAUGGUCCACAUAGCCUCCAAGGAGUAA